CCUCGCCGCGCUAUUCUCCGGGGGUGCUUCCCGCCGAGAGCCGCAUGCAUGACACUCCGAAAAGGAGAGAAAAUGACCAUCAGCAUCCAGGAGCACAUGGCCAUUGACGUCUGCCCCGGCCCCAUCAAGCCCAUCAAGCAGAUCUCGGACUACUUCCCCCGUUUCCCCCGCGGCCUCCCCGCCACUGUUAGCCGCAGCAACACCCUGCGCUCUGCCGUCAGCCAGUCGUCCGUCAGCCCCUCCGAGACGCCCCGGGAAGAGGAUGAGGACGUGGACCAGCUCUUCGGGGCGUACGGCACAACACCCACUGAGCCGCCGGCCCGGCGUGAGCCCGAGGAGGAGGUGGUGGAUGCCGAGGGCUACGAGUCGGACGACUGCACCACACUGGGGACGUUGGAUUUCAGCCUGCUGUACGAUCAGGAGAACAACGCGCUCCACUGCACAAUCAACAGAGCCAAGGGCCUCAAGCCAAUGGACCACAAUGGCUUGGCAGAUCCCUAUGUCAAGUUGCACUUACUCCCGGGCGCUAGUAAGGCCAACAAGCUGAGAACGAAAACUUUGCGAAACACCCUGAACCCCACCUGGAACGAGACCCUCACCUACUACGGGAUCACAGAUGAGGACAUGAUCCGCAAGACGCUCCGGAUCUCUGUCUGCGACGAAGACAAGUUCCGCCACAACGAGUUCAUUGGGGAGACGCGGAUCCCGCUCAAGAAGUUGAAGCCCAACCAGACCAAGAACUUCAACAUCUGCCUGGAGAAGCAGCUGCCGAUAGAUAAAACAGAGGACAAGUCCCUGGAGGAGCGGGGCCGCAUCCUCAUCUCCCUCAAGUACAGCUCCCAGAAGCAGGGCCUCCUGGUGGGCAUUGUCCGCUGCGCCCACCUGGCCGCCAUGGACGCCAACGGCUACUCCGACCCCUACGUGAAAACCUACUUGAAGCCGGAUGAGGACAAGAAGUCAAAGCACAAAACAGCCGUGAAAAAGAAAACCCUGAACCCCGAAUUCAAUGAGGAGUUUUGCUAUGAGAUAAAGCACGGGGACCUGGCAAAAAAGACCUUAGAAGUCACAGUGUGGGAUUACGAUAUUGGAAAAUCAAAUGACUUCAUUGGUGGAGUUGUGUUAGGAAUUAACGCCAAAGGCGAGAGGCUGAAGCACUGGUUCGACUGCCUGAAAAACAAGGACAAGAAAAUAGAGCGCUGGCACACGCUAAUGAACGAGCUGCCAGGGGCCGUCCUGAGCGACUGACCCCGAGCACAGGCCAGAGACCUCGCAGAGAAUAGCAGAGCUCUCGCAACCUGAACCAGGAACAAUUCAUGCCUUCGGACUUAGAGUUUACUUACUCUGCUAAAAGGGAUGGCGAUACCGAGCCAGCAAGGAGCAGCUUGGCAAAUCCCAUCAAUGGCCAGACUGCAGGGAAAGACCAGUGAACGAGACAACAUUGAUUUUCUCUGUUCAGUGGGUUCUGUCCCUAGGGUUUUCUUCAGGAUGCCUCUAAGCACCUACGCUCUCCAACAUACACACUACACACACACGCGGUGUGAGACGACACAGCCUGCAUGCACUAGAAUCCUGACUUGUUUCUAACUAUUUGAUAUACUGGAUUAUCUUCUUGCUGCCUUGCAAUUCAGUGGCAAAAUGAAUGCAUCACUUUGUGUAUGUAGCUAAUAUGAGCAAAAGGCAUUAUUUAUUAAACAUGGAACUAUUUUACUAAGGCGAUUUGUGCCACGUUUCUGGUUGUUUGUCACUUUCUGUGGUUUGGGCCUAACGAGUCUUUAUGCAUUUAAACCUCUCCUUCCGGGGUGCUCGCGUCCUCUGCGCUCAAGAGGCCUCUCUGCUUUUCUCUUGGAAAUGGGACGCUUGUCCUGGCUGACAACCUGCACCCAGCACGCCAGCAGGCUGAAAGGGCUGUGCAGUGAGGCUGGGCAGUGUCCACUUGGGAACGGCAGAGGCCCUUGCAGCCUCCUCAGAAAUAAUACACAGUUUUGCAUUUACUACUUUUGAUCCUUUUAAAUUUCCACACAUGACAGCCCGGUCUGUUCUAGCAUUGAUGGCUGCUCCUCUGCAGACAGUUGAACUCCACAUUGCGCUUCCACACAGCUGCUAUGUCAGAGAAACCAUGGCUCUUCCUUUCCUCCUGGGAGCUGAACAGCUGGGGUUGAACAAGACAUUGCUUCUUUGGAGUGUCCUGUCCAAUGUUAGUAUUAGUUUGUGUAUUCCUUUCGGCAUGGAGACAGUGAAGAGAGGACAGAAGCCUCGCCACCGGCUAGGUGUGUGAGGGGGGUUAGGCUUGUGGGCUGAAGAGUCCCUGGGCCCAAUCCUGUCUUUGUACAUGCCUGAGACCAGGGAGAACUGCACAGUCCCAGAAGGCAGAAAAUGCAGUUUGGUCGUUUCCUUUUAUUCAGUCUUUACCAAGCCAAACAGCACACAGGGCACCCACCUGCUCCACUCUGCAGUGCUCUUCUUCGCCCCCAUGCUGGCUUCAGUCAGCAUCAAAAGAACAAGGCCUCGGAUUCUGCACUGUAGAAAUAAACGAGAUCUUUGUAGGAGCCAGAUCAAAUCCCCACUGCAGCAAACACCACCCCUGUGCCCCGACCAUCCAUUUAGUUUCAGGAUCUCCCAUCACAGAGCUGGUCUGAGACUGCAUCUAGCAGCGUUCUGAACCAAACUCCUCUGCUGGCCCCUGUGCUGUGCACUGACUCUGCUCUUCAUUAACUCUAGCUGGUUCUGCUUCCUGACACUGGCACAGGUUUUCCAAGCAAGCACAAAGUCCUAGAUGAGCUCAAUGUGUCGCCCAUUGUUAGAAUCCUUGGAAAUGUCCGUUGUUACAUUCGCUCUUCCCUUUCCAUUAGCUCCCAAACACGGCCUUGUGUGCUGAACAUCCCAGUCUGCAGUUCAGCUGUUCUUUAGACUGACAGUUAUUUUUUCCCAUUAUAAUGAGGCUAAACCUUGUUUAAUGAGGGGCAACCAUUCAAAAGGUCAUUGUAACAAUAAAUUAUGUGUAGUUCGUUAUACAGAUAUGCAUGAACUGGACUGGCACGCCAACAGUGUGUCGCAUUAGAUUUUAAAAUGUUGCUCUCUUCCCCCACCCUAUAGUUCCAGCACUUUAAAAUACAGCAGGGUAUUUAGGGCCCAGUUUCCCCAUCACACCCCUAUAGAUCCCAUUUGAGGGCACAGACACUGUGCACUCAGCGCCUCUGAUAAAAAAAGGCUCUAUGAGUGGCUCAGAAUAAUUGGCAAACCUCCCUUUCCCACGAGGUUAUUUUAAAUGUGCCCUUUGUUUCAGCACCUAUGUGCCAUAAUGCUGGUUUAUGCCUACAACGGAGCAGGACCGAACGCGUGGAGUCUUUCUUUUUUUUGUAUUGAUGUCUUUUUUAACUGGACUGUAUAUAUAUGUAUACACACGCUGCAUGCACGGUGGUGGUUGUCAUGCAAGGACUUGUUAAAUGUUUGAUACCAAUGUUUUGCUACCAUGUGAAGGCUGCAGAAAUUGUCCUGAACCUGCAUCCUACCGGACUUUUGUAUUGCAGUAUUACCUACCUGUGUACUUUUGUCAGAUUUGUUAAUAUUUCUAAAUAGAAUCCAAAAUAAAAAGGGAAAAAAAGGU